AUGAGGACUAUUUAUAUCUGCAAAAGUCUCAUCUCACUCUCUCUCAACAACACUUCACAUCUCAACAAAACCCCAAUCUCUCUUCUCUCUCAACUCUUCAUCUCUUCCUCUCCAGAAACCCCCAUUGCGGUGGCCGAUUACUUGAUUGAUAGACACAAAUUUUCUGCUGAAACUGCUUCGAAAGUCUCUUCCGCCGUAAAGUAUGUGAAAAGGCCCGAAAAGACCGAUUCCAUUCUUUCAUUUCUCCAGGAAAGUGGUUUUGCGGAUACCCAUCUCGAGCUUCUCAUCAAACGCAUGCCUAGAGUUCUCUCCGCAAAUCUUGAGCGCUCCAUCAAACCCAAAUUCAAGUUUUUUCAAGACUUGGGUUUUUCUUCUAGCGAUGUUGUGAAAAUGGUUUCGUCUCACCCACGGAUUCUAGCUAGUAGCGUUGAUAAUCGGCUUGGCCCGUCAAUUUUAGCAUUGAAGAGUGUUUUGGGUUCAAAUAUGGAUGUGCCUAUGGUUUUAAAGAAAUGUGGGAGGCUUUUGGGGCAUGAUUUGGCGAAAACUGUUAUACCCAAUAUUGAAUUUAUGAAGAGUUGUGGUAUUAGUUCGUCGCAAAUAACCCACCAUGUCUGUAAUUUCGCAAGAUUAUUCUUGCGUAAACCGACGAGUAUUAGAGAAUAUGUCAAGAGGGUUGAUGAGAUGGGUUUUAACAGGAAAUCUAAGUUGUUUAUUGAAGCGAUUCGGGUUAUUAGUUCUAUGACUAAAGAGAAUUGGGAGUUGAAAUUGGAGGUGUUUAAGAGUUUGGGGUUUUCGGAAGAUGACAUUUUGUCAGUUUUUAGGACACAGCCUCAGGCUUUUCGUAAGUCAGAGAGGAAAAUUAGGGCGAUAACUCAGCUUUUGCUUAGCACGGGCAAAUGUGAUAUCUCAUUUGUUGUUAAAAACCCAGAAUUUCUUGGUUACAGUGUUGAGAAUAGGCUUAAGCCACGGUUAAGAGUUGUGGAGGUAUUGGAAAGCAGGAAUUUGCUUCUUAAAAAGCCUAGUUUGGCAAAUGUAUGCAAGAUGAGUAAUAAGAAGUUCUUUGAGAAAUAUGUACUCCCAUUUUCAAAUGAAGUUGGCCAAUUAUUUGUGGUUAACAAGCCCCCUCAUUGA